GGCCGUAAAGCACGGCGCGCCGCCGUUGGGAGGCGAGGGAAGUUUGAAGUGAAGUGGCGGUCCGUGUAGGUGAGGCGGCAGUAUGGCGGGGGACCGCGCCAUCCCCGGCGAGCUCAGCCUCAUGGAUAAGGGCGUUAAGAGCUUGUUGGAGGUCUCGCUGAGCUCGGACCUGCACACGCUCAACGGGCACUGUAACCGCAUCGCCAGAAUCGAAGGGCUCGGCCACCUCUGGAAUCUGCAGCAUUUAGAUCUGUCGUCAAACCAAAUCCGCCGGAUCGAGGGGCUGAGUUCCCUGGCUAAUCUGCGCACCCUAAGCUUAUCCUGUAACCUGAUAACAAAAGUGGAGGGACUGGAAAAACUCUUUAAUUUAACUGUACUGAAUUUGUCGUAUAAUCGCAUACAUGAUCUCUCUGGAUUUCAGUCCCUUCAUGGAACCAGUCAUAAGAUUAGCCAUAUUGACCUUCACAGCAACUGUGUAAACAAUAUUAAUCACUUACUUCAGUGCACAAAGGGGCUGCGCUGUUUGACGAGUCUGACACUGGAAAAAAAUGGAAAAGCCAAUCCAGUUUGUCACAUAGCAGGUUAUAGAGAAACUGUUCUUCAGACGUUGCCCCAGCUAACAGCUCUAGAUGGAAGAAAUAUUUCUGGUGAUCCAGUGGACCCAGCAGAAGAAAACUGUUCAGAUUUCCAGUGUUUAGAAGACAUUUUGGGCUGUUUGGUUUCAUCUGGGUGCCCCUCAUCCAAAGAUCAGAACUAUGUAACCUUACCAGUGGUGACACCACAUAUCGACCAGGCGUUAGCUCAUUUUCAUCAACGUACAAGAAUACCAGUACAAAGUGCCAUCAGCUCCUCUACAGAGAUUGUCUCGUCUUCAGAACCAGAGAAGGCCGAACUUGAUAAAAUAUACAGUGAGAUAAGGAUUAAAAAAAUAGAAGAUCAAAUUUCACAGAUACUGCAAAAGGUAUCUGAUGCCUCAAAAAGGGAAGCUCCUCCAAAUGUUCUCAAAGCUAAGAGAGACACAGAUCCAACUUCUGAGAGUGAAAAUGAGAGUGGGAAAGAGAACAACAGAAAGAUUGUGAGAAGAAGCAAGAUCCCUACUUACCGUAAAACUACCUUAUCUACUAGGUAUCAUGCAAAUCAUCUUAAGAACAAAGUAACUGACAGGGAAGAGAAGAAGAGUUCCUCAACAUGUCCACGCUCCAGUCAGAGAGACUGUCAUCUCAAUUCAUCAUCAGAUACUCAAGACUUGGAAGUAGUGGGAAGAAAAGCUGAAAUAUUAACUGGAAGACAAAGCAAUAUAGAAAAAGUAGAAGAAAUUAAUUCAAAUGCCACAGAAGAAUCAACAUACCAAGCGCUGAUUCAAGAACUGGAUCAGGAGAAAGAAAGGAGAUGGAAAGCAGAGCAAGCAGAGAAGAAAUUAAUAGAGCAUGUCAGAGAGCUACAGAAACAUGCGAAAGAAGAAAAGAAUAUUCAAAGUAUGGCUGUAUACACUACAAACAGGUUAAAGGAAUUGAUAUUGAAAGAGAGAGAUGUUAAAACAAGACUGCAAGCAGAUGUCCAACAGUUGAAGGGUGAAACUGAAAGACUUACUAAUGAGUUAAAUCAGUCAAGAAAUAAAGAAGCAGAACAUCAGAAGGCCAUCCAAGCUUUAGAAGAAACGCUAUCCAAGAUGGAGACACAGAGAUUGCAACAACGAACAAUAGAGAUGAAACAGGUGCAAGAAGCAGAGCUUAGAGCAUCAGCAAAUGAAAGAGAAGUACAGUUACUUCGAAUAUCCUUCCGACAACAGAAGGAGAAAGUAAAACAACUACAUGAACUUCUUAUAUUAAGAGAGCAAGAGCAAAGGAAAGAACUUGAAACCCGAGUUGCUUUAAAUGGACCUGAAUUUCAAGAUGCUUUGUCAAAAGAAGUGGCUAAAGAGGAACAAAGGCAUGAACAGCGUGUUAAAGAAUUUCAGGAGAAAAUUAAUAUGUUAAACCAGAAGUACAAAGAGUUAGAAGAUGAAUUUCGUUUAGCUUUAACUAUUGAAGCAAAAAGGUUUAAAGAGGUAAAACAGCGUUUUGAAAAUGUUGCUGCUGAUCUAGCUGAACAUAAACGAGCCCUGUCUGAGUUUGAACAAAAGGAAAAAGAAAUGGCAAGUCUGAUCCAAGACCUGACAAGUAUAGUGAAAGAACAGAAAGCAAAGAUUGCAGAAUUAACAAAAUCAAAUGAAGAAGCUACAGCAAACCUGAAGUGUCGAACAGAAGAACUUGAAACUCUGAUUGAGGAGGACAAACAGAAGGCUGUUCAAGUUGAACUUCUGAAAAAGGAAAAUGGAAAACUUAUUUCUCAGAUGACAGCCCAGGAAUCUGUGAUUGAUGGGUUAAAAAUGGAAAGAAAAAUAUGGGGGCAGGAGUUGGCACAACAGGGAGCUCAUCUUGCUCAAGAUCGGGGAAAACUGGAGGCAAAAAUUGAAGUUUUAACGAAUGAGAUUGAGAUGUUAAAAAAGCAAAAGGAACAGGACAGUGAUACUAUAAGAAUUAAAAACAAAAUAGUGGAUGAUCAGACAGAAACAAUUAGGAGAUUAAAAGAAGGCUUACAAGAAAAAGAUAAACAAAUCAGAAAACUGCAGGAAGAAAAUCUGGAAGCUCAGAAAUUUUUUCAAGUACAACUGGAUGAAAAAGCUGUUGAAUUUGAAGAGCUAAUGGAAAAAUUAGAAAGGCAAAAUGAAAGAAAAGAGGAAUUAAAGCAACUGCUAGAAGAAAAAGAAGUAGAACUUGAUGACAUUAAGAAUGCACACAGCACACUGAAAAAGAAGUGGCAAGGUAAAGGAGAGCUAUUAAGCCAGCUGGAGGUGCAGGUUAAACAAAUGAAGGAGAGCUUUGAUGUCAAAGAGAAGAAGCUGAUUGAAGAGAGAAAUAAAAGUCUUCAAACUCAGAGGAUUGCUGUGGAAAAGCUUCAUGAAAUGGAUGAUGCUUUUAGAAAACAACUGGAGUCAAUGUUGGCAGCUCAUCAGGAACAACUAUUGCAGCUGGCAAACGAAAAGGAAAAACAAAUUGAAGCAGCAAAUGAAAAAGUUUACUAUGUUGAAGAAGAAAUGCGGCAGCUUCUGCAGGAAACAGCAAACAAUAAAAAAGCCAUGGAAAAUAAAAUAAGACGACUUACACAUGCACUGAAUGAUAUUCAACAAGAUCUUUGAAGAUUAUUAAUACGUACACUAAGAAUGCGUAUUACACAAACUUAAGCAAAUUCAUACACUACAAUGCACUUUUCCUUGUUUUCUAGAGAAUAAAUUCUUUGUGAUAUAUUUUGAUGGUUCAGGAAUCAGACAUAGAUAUUUUUACGUUACUUAUAUAACAGUUAUUUUUAACCUUUGGUUAUUUUUAACUUUUGCCAAAAUGGGUCAAAAAAUAUAUAGAUGAAAAGCAUCAUCUGAAAUUAGGAAUUAGUAUGGUUAAUAAGAGAAAAGAAGGUUGGGCCUUUGCUGCUAAGACAAGAGCUUGAAACUCUGCUUCACUGGGGUAAAGAUUCUUGUAAUGAGAUCCAAGAAUUUACCUGAAACUAUGUUUAAUCUGCCACUGCUGAUGAAGAAUGCAUGACUGCUGCAACUUAGAGUGGCUUUUUUGGCAGUGUAUUUUGGUUCUCUGAAGGAACAGGCUUCCUACUAGGCUUUUGAAAAAUAGGAGAUAAUAAACUAACAGCUUCUUAUGGAAGCUAAUCAUAAGCCUUAUGUUAAUAUCAUUUUUAUACUUCUUUCAUGAUGGAGACUUUACCAUCUCCACAUACUUGGGCAUUUAUUUCAUUUGCUUGUUCUCAGAAGAUUCUAAAAUGUUAUUGUACUAUACCAUGCUCUGAAGUGUUUAAUGCUGUAGUAGUAAGUAAAAUAGUAAGUAGUAAAAUCAGUUAUGUGGUACACCAGGUGGAGCUAUUUCUUCCCACCUCGCAGGAGCUAAAGCAUAGUCCUGUUGCUCCAAUGAGAUAGAAGCCACUAAGCCGACUUUACCAUCAGCUUGUUCAGAAGAACCCAGGCAUAAGCACGCUGAUACAGUAUAACUGUAUAUGCAUUUUUGUGCCCAGCAGCCCAGUAAAAGCCCUAGUGCCAGUAAAAGGCCCUGGCCUUUGGCUAACUGUGCAAGGGCCACUGGGCUUGUUAUCAACUUGUUAUGAGAACUUGCUGUGUGAACCAGAGCUUGAUACCAGCUGCCUCUUGUUACGAAGAGCAGCUGAAGUGUGGGAUGUAACAAAGGCCUUGAAAACAUGGGCACAAGUUGAAAGCAGAAGCCACGGCAGCAAAAACAACUCACUGAUGGUCAGUGGCUGGUCCUUGAGAAAGCACAACCUUGAGAGCUGGGAACAGACUGCUUUUGCUUUAAAAAAGGAAGCAGCAGCAAAGCAAAAUAAAAAAAAACAGCCAACAACUGAAUAAGGCACCUGCAGUGGCUGGGAAAACAACAGCCCCACCCCACUUGGCACAGUAACAUGGCCUUGAGAUUGCGUGGUCUUAUAAAAUGGCAAGCUCCCAAAUUUGUGGGAGGAGACAGAAAGCAGACACCUGCUUCAGUGCUGGCUCCCUGCAUCCUGAGUUCCUGCACCUGGCCCCUGAGACCAGCAAGGACUGGAGCUGUCAGCGCUAACGAGGAGGCAUCUGCUCUGUUCCACUGUACACCCCCAGCUAAGGCUGCUGAUACCCUUGCUGUGAGGCAGAAGAGAAGGAUCUAUGAUAUCACCAAUGUUUUGGAGGGGAUUGAUCUCAUUGAGAAGAAGUCAAAAAACAGCAUUCAGUGGAAAGGAGUAGGUGCUGGUUGCAAUACAAAAGAAGUCA